GUACAUGUGUUUAAAAUGAGUGGCAGAGGCAAAACCGGCGGUAAAGCUCGAGCAAAGGCUAAGACUCGCUCCUCCAGGGCGGGACUGCAGUUCCCCGUCGGCCGUGUCCACAGGCUCCUGCGCAAAGGAAACUACGGCGAGCGCGUCGGUGCCGGAGCUCCUGUUUAUCUGGCGGCGGUACUCGAGUACCUCACCGCUGAGAUCCUGGAGCUGGCCGGAAACGCCGCUCGGGACAACAAGAAGACCCGCAUCAUCCCCCGUCACCUGCAGCUGGCGGUGCGUAAUGACGAGGAGCUCAACAAACUUCUGGGCCGAGUGACCAUCGCUCAGGGCGGCGUGCUGCCCAACAUUCAGGCCGUGCUGUUGCCUAAGAAGACCGAGAAACCCGCCAAAACCAAGUAAACGGAUCACAGACUCGAUUACUGAAGCAAAGGCUCUUUUAAGAGCCACCUAUUUUAUCUCUCAACGAGCGCAUUUCUCUGUUAAUAUUAUCAAACACCGUAAACAGUCUUGAUUAAAUAGGAAAAUCACG